AUGGCUUCAGUAUUACAGGUUUCAAUUCGGCGUACGAUAGCUAAUGCCUCAUCAGCAUCGCUGAAGGUGCCAGCCCGCCAAAUCGCUUCAUCGAAGCCCGCAUUCUCUCGGUCUUCCCUGGUCGGCAGUAGAGGGUUGACGUCAAUUCCACAAUGUCGCAUGACAGUAGCAGCAUCAGGCCGCUUGACCAAUACAACCCAACAACAGACCCAGUACCUAAAGAUUCAAAGACGUUGGAACAGUGAUGGGUCUGGUACACUUCGGCGCUGGGGAUUCGAAGAGGUCAACGCUGCUCUUCCAAGCGACUCGUCUUCUUCACCCUCCCACAAGCCCGCCAUCUUCAUCGAUGUCCGCGAGCCGGCUGAGCUAAAAGGCACCGGCGUCAUCCCCAGCGCUAUCAAUAUCCCGCUCGCCUCGCAGGCGGACGCGAUAUUCCUUACUGACGAUGAGUUCGAAACUCGCUUUGGAUUCCCAAAGCCCCCCAUGGAAGGAGACUCGCAGCUUGUCUUUUAUUGCAAGGCGGGCGUACGGGCAGAGACUGCGGCGCAAAUGGCUGUGCAGGCGGGCUAUGAUCCGGAGCGGGUAGCGGUCUACUAUGGAAGUUGGUUGGAUUGGGCGAAGAAUGGGGGUAAGGUCGAGAAGUGGGAGGGUGAUGACUUCUAG